AUGAUGGAUGAUCCAAGUUUAAUUGAUUCUCGAACAGAUAAAAUUGAUCCUAGAAGACUUCGUUACCCACAUAGUUUAGUUUGGACACCGAUACCUUUGUUAUCAUGGUUAUUUCCAUUUAUUGGACAUAUGGGUAUUGGAAGAACGGACGGCGUAAUUCGAGAUUUUGCUGGACCAUAUUAUGUCUCUGAAGACAAUAUGGCAUUCGGACGCCCUACACGUUAUUUACAGUUAGAUUUAAGUCGAGUACCAGGUCCUAAUCCUCGUGGCAACUAUGAUAGAGCUGUUGAACAAGCGUCUGAUGAAUACAAAAAUAGAAUGCAUAAUUUAUUUUGCGAUAAUUGUCAUAAUCAUGUUGCAAUGGCAUUAAAUACAAUGAAUUAUAAUCGAAAACAAUCGUACAAUAUGAUCAAUUUAACAUUUUGGAUGUUUUUUCGUGGAAAAUACGUAAGGUAG